AUGUGGAGCGAUUACAACAGCCUGCUUCCGGCAGAAGAACGAACGCACGCCAGGAAACGACACAUUGAGUUCCUGGGAGGGAAGAGAGCCGUGGAAUUCCUAGGCGGCAAACGAUCAGGCUACCAUCUACUCGACAACGACGACGACGUCGCCCAGAAGAGAGCGAUUGAAUUCCUAGCCGGCAAGCGGUCGACAGCAAUGUCCGUCGCCGACGACGGCGCCGCGCAGACGAAGCGAGCCAUCGAAUUUCUCGGCGGCAAGCGGGCGACGUCGUCGGUCGUCGCCGACGCCGACAAGCGCGCCAUCGAAUUCCUCAGCGGGAAACGGUCGACUACUUCGGACAUUGCCGACGCGAAGCGAGCAAUCGAAUUUCUCGGCGGCAAGCGGUCGGCAGCAGCACCAGCCGACGACGACGACGACGACAGCUCCACGAAGCGGGCGAUUGAAUUUCUCGGAGGCAAGCGCGCCGUAGAGUUUCUUGGAGGAAGGAAGAGAGCGAUCGAAUUCCUGGGCGGGAAAAGGUCUGCGCGUCUGUUGCCGUACGAGAACAAACGCGGGAUAGAAUUCCUCUCCGGUAAACGCAGCGCCUCGACUACGCGCCUCGACGACGCCAUCGACGCGAUGCUGAGGACCCCUAGCGGCCGAGACGAGCGCAGGCGGACGCUACAGCUGCUGGACGAGAUCCGUCGCUAUGACGACGCCGAGGCCGCAGACGACGCCGCGUACGGCGCGCGGUUCUAGAUCCGGAAUCUCGGACGCCGCCGCGGAUAUCACGAUCCGGAUGUUUUUCGGGACGAUUUGUUACGGCGUUGCGAAGGGGGACGAUGGGGACGCCAUCUGUUGGUCACAUGCGGUAAUAGAAUGACGCAGUAAAAGGAGAAAAAAAAAUGUUUGUUUCGAGAAAAAAAGAGCUAAAACUACACGUUCGCUUGCCACGCGAUGGCGCACGUGAAGGGGGAAAACGCUUGGGUGCAUGCGCAACAAGCGCCCCCUAGUGGGAUUACGGGAAGUGUCGCUGCGUCUGCGCUAACUUCCCAGCCGAGAAUGAAUCUGUGAAUAUAGAGGUUACCGUUGUUGUGCUUGAUAUUCGAUUACUAGGUGCGAUUCGCGUAUAUGCAGCUUUUAUAGUUCAUCUCUAGAUAGCGAAGGAUUAGAAGGCGGUCGCGCUACUGAGCAGUCGCGACCUCUCGCGGCCGUUAAACGACUUAUUCGCUUUAUAGCUUUCUUUGCUUACUUCGACCGCCCUAGCACUCACGUAUGCGCAGUAAUCUCCCUCCCCACAGUUUUGCUGCCCGCGUUUGAUGGUGGAUGUGAAUUGCAUGUUGGUAUUAAAAAACUCGGCUGUCAAAUAAUAAUAAAGGAUGC